AUCAAACAGGUGUUCCCCGCCCCUCGGCUUCUUUAGCAACAACUCUAGCUUUCUUAAAGUGCACCCCACCCAUCACCCUAGCCCCCAAGAGUUGCCAAAUCCUUUUCCCAUCUAGCCGCCCUCCACCAUCUCGGUUCUACUACAAGGGUCUUCCUCUUCCCCGUCCCACCCCAUGCCCAGCGACGGGUGCUCUAAUUCUCUAGCGGUAAAAGCUGCCGCCGGGGCUCAGUUUCUAGGCCCAAACAGAGGCCCGAGACUUUCCAAAAACCCUCGAGCACCGCUGACAGAGGUCCCCACCACCACCAGCGCCCACCCAGGCUCACCGUGCGGAUCUGCCUCCGCAAAAGACUCCGUGGAGUGGGAGGGGCGCAGCCUCUUGAAGGCUCUUAUCAAGAAAUCUGCACUGUGUGGGGAGCAAGUCCACAUCCUGGGCUGUGAAGUGAGCGAAGAAGAGUUUCGUGAAGGUUUUGACUCCAAUAUCAACAGCCGGCUGGUUUACCAUGACCUCUUUAGAGACCCUCUCAACUGGUCAAAGACUGGGGAAGCCCUUCCUGGGGGUCCCCUGGAAGCCUUGAGGGCCCUGUGCAGGAGGACAGAUCCUGGCCCUGUCACCAUUGCUCUCGAUUCCCUCAGCUGGCUGCUGCUUCACCUUCCCUGCACCACACUCUGCCAGACUCUGCACACACUGAGCCGUCAGGACUCCUGCCAUGGUGACAGCUCCCCAGGAGAGCAGGUGCAUGUGCUGGGCCUGCUGCAUGAAGAGCUUCACGGCCCAGGCCCCUUGGGAGCGCUGAGCAGCCUUGCUCAGACCGAGGUGACCCUGAGCGGUGCAUUGGGCCAGGCCUCAGCCCACAUCCUCUAUCGGAGGCCCCAACAGCGCCCCUCCCACCAGACUCAGUGGUUCUCCAUCCUUCCUGAUUUCAGCCUGGAGCUCCAAAGGGGGCCACCCCUAGAGUCCCAGCCUUACCCAGAUCCUCAUACUCCCUCGAUGGACCCCACGACUCAUUUGACUUUUAACCUUCGCCUGUCCAAGAAAGAGAGAGAAGCCAAAGAUAGCCUGACCCUGCCCUUCCAGUUCAGCUCGGAAAAACAGCAGGCUCUACUGUGCCCUGGGCUGGGCCAGCCUACCAGCCACAUUUUCUAUGAGCCAGAUGCUUAUGAUGACCUGGACCAAGAAGACCCAGAUGAUGACCUAGAUGUUUAACUGUCCAGGAGAUGUGACUAGACUGUAAUUGGAGGAAGAGGGAGACCUUGGGCCCAUAACCAUCCUUCCAUUGUUUGCAUUGGCCUUAGCCUGUCUCUGCUCCAUCUUUGUUCCCUGUGUCUGUGGAGGCCCUGCCCUGUGACCCAUGAGCCAGGGAGCAGCUUCCAGUGAGGAGAGAAAGUGGAAUGGAGGCAUAAGGGAAGGUGACACCACCACCACCCCAAGCCUAAUAAAAUCUUAAUUUUUU